AAUACAAUAAUAUUUAAAUUAUAUUAAUUGGAAUAUAAUUAAAACAUACUGCAGAAAAACUUACCCAAUGAAAUAAUGAAAUUUCACUGCAGACGUAGAUCAACCAAUUAGCUUGAUUCAGUGAUGGUAGCUCCGCCCACCAGUUAGACGGAGACGGAGGCGAUUUGGUUGAACUUGGGUGAAUGAUGAGUUCCUGCAGAGAAACCUAGAAAACAAAAGAAUAUCGAGAAAAUAUUAGUUAAAAUAAGAUCUGAGUUGUUAAAGAAAAGAUUAUGGAUGUAAUUUGAUGUUUGGAGUGAGAUUUACACUCUUAACGCUGAGAUUUGAAACUUUGAGAUCGGAUUGAUCAACAUAAUAACAGCUGCGUCACUCGGAGGAACACAACAUAACCGAGUGUUUACCAGGGAAUUGGCCGGGUUUUUUUUUUUUUGUGCUAUAAAGGACUGUGUUCGAGUUAUCGAAUCGCUGACGCAGGGCUGCUUAUUCACGAAGAGAGAAAAAAACAGAUGGCGGGCCACCCAGAGAGCGGAACGGAUUGAAAUUUCUUGGAUUCACAUCGGAAACUGGUUGGAUUUAUAUUUUUUGAGUUUUUUGCACGCACUGCACUUCAAACUGAGCGGACCAGAACGUUUAAUUGUUGUUUACUGACCGAACUGAGCUCCAAAAAAAAAACAGUUCAAAGAGACGUUGUUUAUUGGUUCUUACGGUUUCAUAAAGACCCGAGUUCACUGACAUCAUAUGGACAUUUAUAAUUGUAUUUACAGUUCAUACGACAUGCUUUGACGAUGUUUGAGAUUUGAGUGAAUUUAUUUUAUUUCUUUUUGAGUGUGGUGUUUACCUGGUAACGUCAGUGCCACAGGAAAAAAGUUGAGCUGUUCAAAAGGGCAGCUAAUUUGAUGUAACCUGCAAGGAAAAAAAAACGCACAAAUUAGGAAUAUUCAAAUAACAAUUAAGUAAUUGUGUGAGAAGACACAAACAUAAAAUUCUGGUGAAAUAAGAAAGAAAACGGUGUCCAAGAAGGAAAUUUCUAAACCUUUAUUUCAGUAUAUUUUGUAUUUUCUGAGAUUUAUACAUUUUUUUUUUCCUAAAUUUUCUGCUGUUGAAGGAUUUAAUUAUUCAAGAUUUGAAUAUUGAUAUCAAGUAUUGUUUAGUUGCAUUUGGUACAUUUUAUCUCUAUUUCCCUCAACGUAAAUCUAUAAAUUAAUUCUUUCCAAAGUUCUAGUGUGUGUGUUUUCUGCCUCCUGUGAAACCUAAAUCUUCUGAGGGCCCAGUGAGGUAAACUUAUUACUGUAUCACACAAGUGUUACAUAUAAAAUUGGCGAGCCAGCAGCCAGGAGGCAGAACCCCCCACUAAGGUCCAUAUUCAGAUCUUAUUACAAAGUAUUAAAGGACUGUAUAAACAAAGAAAAAAAAUCUGAAAAAAUGAUGGAAAUUAUAGAGGAAAAAGGCAUCAAAAUCCCUAACGCAAUUCUAGUUAGUGGUAUAACAGGAACUGAGGUAGACGAGGAAAUACUAGACUUUGUGAAAGAAUAUGGAUCAAUUAACAGAAUCAUUCAAAUUCCUGACCCUAGCACAGAGUCACAGAAGUCUUUGAUUGUGGAAUACAAUUCUGGCCAGGCUGUUAAAAACCUCCAGCCACUGUUGCCAUAUGUUCAAGAGGCGAAAGGCAAUCCUGAAGUUUCCUUCCACGUAGCAGCUCUGCCAAAUGUCUACACUCAAAAAAUUGGAAGAGAUGUCACUCAGACUUACCUGAAUGAAUUGAAAGUUCUAGCAAAACGCAGUGGGGAAGAUUAUGCAGAAAUUCUCAAAGAAAUGCUAACUCACAUUGGCGAAGCUGUAGACCCAACACAGAAUCCAGAGUUAGUCAGUAAUGAGCCUCAUGACGCUACAUCUGCUGAAACUGUAGUUCAUCCUAUGGCUAACCUCAACCUUCUUAUGCAGCCUCCGGUAACAUCUGCUGCUGCACAAACUGGCUCUGUUCCAAUGAAGCCAGCAUCAGUUACUCCAGUAACCCCCUCACUUUCUGCUGGUGAUCUUAACCCACCUGAAAUCCAGAGAGUUGUUGUGGAACACAUUGUACGUAACAAUGACUUGGUAGCUCAUGGAACUUCACCUUUGAGGCUCAGAACCUUCUCUGGAAGAAUUCCUCGCCCUCCUAAUGAAGUCGAUUAUGAAACUUGGCGCUCUGGGGCUGAAUUGCUUUUCCGAGACCCAACGGUCUCUGACUUCCAUAGAAUACGGAGAAUUUGUGAAAGCCUUCUUCCCCCAGCCGCUGAUGUUGUCAGGUCAAUUGAUCCUAUGGCUUCACCCAGUGUUUACAUUCAAUUACUUGAUUCUGCUUUUGCUACAGUGGAAGAUGGGGAUGAAUUAUUUGCAAAAUUCAUGAAUAUUUUCCAGAAUCCUGGUGAAAAGCCAUCUGUGUACCUCCAACGGUUGUACACAGCCCUGCAGUCAGCUGCACGAAGGGGUGGAAUUCUCAGCUCUGAAGUGAACAAACAUCUUCUAAAACAGUUCUGUAGAGGAUGCUGGGAUAACUCCUUGAUCCUGGAAUUACAGCUUGAGCAAAAGAAAUACUCACCACCAUCUUUUGCAGAGUUUAUGACCAUGCUACGGACUGAGGAAGAUAGACAUGCUUCUAAGAAUGCACGGAUGAAGCAGCAUUUAGGAACUGUUAAACCGCGUGCUGCAAUACAAUCCCAGACCAUCCCAACAAUAGAUGAAAUAGCUCAACUUAACUCUGUCACCAGCCAAUUGACCAGUCAAAUAGCAGAGCUUCGAAGUCAGCUUACCACUCUGAUAUCAAAUCAAAAGAAGGACAAGCUUAACUCCAAGUCAACAUCCUCUAAGGUGUCAAACAGAAAAAAUGCUGAGCAGGCCAAAGAUGAAUGUAAGACCACUGGCAGACUCUCAGUUGCCAGACCUAAGCCAGGCUAUUGUUUCAAAUGUGGGGAGGAUGGGCAUAUUGCCACCUCUUGUCCAAAUGAACCCAAUCCCACACUAGUAUCAGAAAAGAGGAGGCAAUUGGAAAAACGCCAAAGAGAGUGGGAGCUGAAAAACAAUGCUUCCAACCCUCAGUUAAACUAGGCACAGUUCCUGUUGUGGGACAAACAGGGACUGACAAUUACCAAA